AUGGCUCCCCCUAGCAGCUUCCGGAUCGUCCCAGCUCAAACCGCCGAAGACUUUGAAACAGCUAGGACCUUAUUCAGGGCUUAUGCUGAAUCGCUCAUUAUCGACCUCACCUUCCAGAGCUUCGAAUCCGAACUACAGAACCUACCUAGCCAGUAUGGUUCUCCGCACGGAGCAUUGCUGCUAGCUUACGGAAUUGAUCCUAAGAUUGCCCUUGGCUGCGUGGCCGUUCGCCCACUCCUCAACAAAGGACAUCAAGCCGCGGAACCCCAAAACGAAGUCAGAUCGUACUGUGAGAUGAAGCGACUGUACGUGUCUCCUGAAGCACGGGGGAUGGGUCUCGGAAAGGCUCUCGUGGAUGCAAUCAUCCAGAGGGCCAAGGACCUGGGGUAUCGUUGA